AUGGCCGAGGACCACCGACCCCCGCUCCCUUCUUACCAUUCACAGAACUCAGUGAGCGACCAUGGGGACCCGUUCGCCGACCGUCCGCGACAUGUCAACUUCCAAGAGCCAGCUAUGUCUGCAUAUGAGAGCUCCGUCUCCCUGCCGCAAGAAUUCGGUGGCAUGGGUGGCGGCUACGACGAUGACGACGUUGAGAAGCUGCCCCUCACCGCCGCACCUGGCAGUCUCUAUCCUCCUGGACCCAUUGACCCAAAUGCAUACGGAGACCCGUAUGAGCGUCCCAUCUCCACCGUCUCGACAGCAUCUUCAGGCGUUGAGUCUUCCUGGAGACGGCGACAGACGAUCAAGCGCGGUGUUACCCGUAAAGUCAAGCUUACGAAGGGUAACUUCAUUGCAGAGUACCCUGUACCAUCCCCGGUGUACAGCGCCAUCGAGCCGAAGUGGCUGGGCAUGUCGAAAUCGACCGAAUUCUCACACAUGAGAUACACUGCGGCAACGUGCGAUCCCGAUGACUUUUCGGAAGCUAGCGGUUACUCCCUCCGUACCAAGAUGUACAACCGGCAGACGGAGCUGCUCAUCGCUGUCACGUCAUACAACGAAGACAAGACACUCUACGCCCGUACCCUGCACGGCGUCAUGUUGAACAUUCGCGACAUCUGCAAGACUAAACAGUCCAAGUACUGGCGUCGCACAGCUGAGGAGGGUGUCCCGGGUUGGCAGAAGAUCACCGUGGCGCUCGUCAUUGAUGGUUUGGAACCCAUGGACAAGACAGUCCUGGAUAUUCUUGCCACCAUCGGUGUGUAUCAAGACGGUGUCAUGAAGAAGCAGGUCGAUGGCAAGGAUACCGUCGCCCACAUUUUCGAGUACACGACCCAGCUGUCCGUGGAUGCGACGCCCCAGCUCAUCCUUCCUCAUGGCGAUGACCAUACGAACCUUGUCCCGGUGUCGUUCAUCCUCGUCAUCAAGGCGAAGAACCAAAAGAAGAUUAACUCUCACCGAUGGCUCUUCAAUGCCAUAGGUCGGAUGCUUGAGCCCGAGAUUUGUGUUCUCAUCGAUGCUGGUACGAAGCCGGGCCACAAGUCCAUCUACUAUCUGUGGGAGGCCUUCUACAACGACCCACACUUGGGUGGGUGCUGUGGUGAAAUUCACGCCAUGUUGGAGGGUGGAAAGAAGCUCCUGAACCCCCUCGUCGCUGCGCAAAACUUCGAGUACAAGAUGUCCAACAUCCUCGACAAGCCACUCGAGAGUAGCUUCGGUUACGUGUCCGUGUUGCCUGGUGCCUUCUCUGCUUACCGGUUCCGUGCCAUCCUCGGUCGUCCUCUGGAGCAGUACUUCCACGGUGACCACUCAUUGGCUGAUCGACUCGGUCCGAAGGGUAUAUACGGCAUGAACAUCUUCACGAAGAACAUGUUCUUGGCAGAGGACCGUAUUCUCUGUUUCGAGCUCGUCGCCAAGGCCAACGAGCGGUGGACGCUGACGUACGUGAAGCCUAGUAAGGCUGAGACGGAUGUGCCGGAGUCUGCUGUGGAGCUUAUCGGCCAGCGUCGUCGUUGGUUGAACGGUUCGUUCGCCGCCUCGGUGUACAGUCUUGUGAACUUCUUCAAGCUCUAUCGGUCCAGCCAUGGUAUCAUCCGCAUGUUCUUCUUGCACGUCCAGGCAAUCUACAACGUCUUCACACUGAUCUUCACUUGGUUCGCGCUUGCCAACAUGUGGCUCACGUUCAGUAUCAUCAUCGAACUCCUGCCCAGUCAAAAACUUGUUCUUUUUGGCACUGUGGAAAUCACGCAUUGGGUCAACGAGGCCCUGAAGUGGGUCUACCUCGCGUUCCUUUGCUUGCAAUUUAUCCUCGCGCUGGGCAAUCGACCAAAAGGAGAACGACUGGCGUACACCAUCACUCUAUGGGUAUACGCCAUUCUAUCCGUCUACCUGCUGGUCUGUUCGUUCGCACUUACCAUCAAAGCCUUCAUGAACGUUCCUUCAGAAUUGAAGGGGAAGACUGUUAGCCAAAUCAUUUUGACUUUCUUGACGCCUCCUGUUGGUUCCCUCAUCGUCGCCAUGGUGGCAACGUACGGUAUCUACCUGAUAUCUUCAUUCCUCUACCGCGACCCCUGGCACAUGUUCACGAGCUUCCCUCAGUACCUCUGCUUGGCCCCCAGUUUCACGAACGUCUUGAACGUCUAUGCGUUCUGCAACCUUCACGAUGUCUCUUGGGGUACCAAGGGUAGCGACAAGGCUGAAGCUCUGCCGUCUGUCUCGUCGAAGAAAUCGAAGGACGCUGAUACUGCCGUCGUUGAGGAUGUUUCAAGGAACAAGGAAGACCUCGACGCUCACUUCAAGGAGACCGUGACGCGUGCGGUGACAAAACUGCAGGUGAAGGAGGAAGUCGAGAAGCCUACGAUGGACGACGAGAACAAGACGUUCCGUACACGUCUCGUCUCGUUCUGGAUGCUCUCGAACGCUACGCUCGCCAUCUCGAUUGAGAACCUGAACGGCUUGAGCUCCGGCGACGAGGACGUCGAUAACGAUACGCUUCGGAAGAAGCAAAACAUCUACUUCGCCGUCAUCCUGUACUCGACAUUCGGGCUGGCUGCCGUGCGGUUCAUAGGCUGCCUGUUCUACUUCUUCAAGCGGAAUCUCUUCCGGUGCUGCAGGAGGAACUGA